AUGGAAAACGAAGACAACUUUGAACUCACUGAAGAACACUUUUCAAGUAUUGAAUUACAUAAUAAAGAUUUAGCUAUUGUAAUGGAUGAACAAACAGUUGGCAGUUGGGAUGAACUUGAUUUUGUUGAAUUAUAUAAUGAGGAUUCGGCUAUAAUAGUUGGUGAACCAGGAGUUGGACAAACAGCUGGCAAUUGGAAUGAACUUGAUUGUAAUGAAUUAUAUAAUGAGGAUUCAGCUAUAAUAGUUAGUGAACUUGAUUGUAAUGAAUUAUAUAAUGAGGAUUCGGCUAACAUAAUGAAUGAACCAGCAGCUGGGCAAAUAUUUGGAAGUUGGAAUGAACUUGACCGUUUCAUAUCUUUCUAUGCAAAAUCACAAAAUUUUGUGAGUGUUAUACGUGG